AUGCCUCUCAAGCUCAAGCUCAAAGUGGCUUCUUCGCCCGGUCUGCAAGAGGAAAGGUCAGAACUGCCAGCGCCCAAGAUUAAAAUCAAGCCUCCGUCGAAUAAUGGGAUAAAAAAACCAAUCAAAAAGGAAAGUAAAAAACUUAAACUCAAUCUAUCUUCCAAAAAACACAAGCCAUCAACCGAUGAGUUACUCAAGGGAAUAUCAAAACCACGCACAGUUCCUAAGGUUAGAGUGAAACCCACGCGAGUUCCUGGUGAAGGGUAUGAUUCUGAGGCUCCAGACGUCGAAGAUGAUCCAUUAUUAGAACAAGGAAUUAUUAUCAGGUUUCUACCAGAUGCAAAUCUCGAUUUUGUAAAUAAUGCAGUGGACUCAGGCGACUUUACCGGCUUGAACGUCAAAUGGAUGACAAGGGAGAAGGCAGUGGUUAGCAUAAAUGGAGCAUUAUAUUCUGCAAGGUUAUUGGAACUUCCCACCAUCACCGAAUUGUACAAGACAUUCGACAAGAAAAACAUUUUUAAAACCAUGGAUAUAUGCCAAAUUCUCUUGGUGAUCCGCCAAAUUAAUCCUAGUAAUGUCAAUCCUGAAACAGACUUUGAUAUUCCACGAGAGAUGAGACUGGUACAUCCGCUAUACCAAAUGUCACCCAAGAACGAGCUCAGGCCAAGCAAAUCAGUGCUCAGAGAUGGGCUUGUAUAUCCGUUUGAAAAUGUCAAUCGACGGUUUCGUCCACGAAAAGUGUCGCAUAAUGUAAUGGACGAUAUAGACAACAAAGUGGAAGCACUUCUCCGUCUUGAUGAAGAAGCAGAAGAGAGCCACUAUGACAUAAUAGAUGCUAGCCAGCAGAACUUCCAGAGAUUUCAGAGUCCAACACCCUCGGCGGCCUCAACACCAGUUCCACAGGAACAAACUACCAUAGAUAUGGAACCAGGCGAUGAUUUGGAAGAAGAAUUGGCGAAAGCUUUGGAGACGGAAGACGUGCAGGUUGGCGACAGAAUCGAAAUUGGAGACAAAGAGAUGGUGGUUGGACUCAAUGAGGAGAUUCAAGAAGCAGAAAACGACGCCGAAGAAGACGAAGAAGAGGAAGAUGAUGAUGACGAAGAUGACGAUGAUGACGACGACGAUGAAGAUGACGAAGAUACAGUGGCGGGCAAACAGCACCAGAAGAUGUUGGAAGAGGAGAUAGCAGACUUGGAGAAGGCAGUGGAGGUGCGUCGCAAGGGCUUGGAAUCUGCAACGCACAAGAUGAUGAAGAUGAAGAUCCAGACCAGUUACAACACGCUUAAAGCUUCUUUGGACUCUAAGAAGCGUGAGUUGUCGAAAUUGAUGGCAGAGAAGAUUCGGGACCGGGAAAUUGUCGAUGCUCAAGAAGGUACUCGAGCCGAGGCUGCAAAUGCGAUCGACGAAGAUGAUGAAGAUGGAGAUGAUGGAGAAGAAGGAGAGGGAGAAGCAGGCGAGGGAGAAGACGAAGACGAAGGAGACGGUGAUAUAGAUGACCUUUUCUAA